AUGGAGGCGCCGGCGCCCGGCACGCCCCAACCCCGCGACGAAUGGUACGACUCCGGCGAUGACCUGAGCCACCUCGAUGCCCCCGCGAGCCCGGACCCGCUGGACGAUACCCUCGACUCGCACCCCCUCGACUCGGACAGCGACCGGGACGUGAGUCACAUCGCGCACGACACCUCGUCCGAGGAUGAUCGCGACGACCGCCCCCCCGUCGACGACCUCGACGGCCUGGCGAACCACCGGGUCCUCCACAUCCACGGCACCCCCGUCGGCAUCUGCGAGGUUCACCUCCUCGGAACCGCACACGUCUCGUGGGACAGCGCGCGCGACGCCGUCCGACUCGUCCGAGCGAUCCGCCCCGACGUCGUCUUCCUCGAGCUCUGCGAGGCGCGACGCCGCGUCAUCCAACCGCGCCCCACCGACGUCCCAACGGACGAACCCCCCAGUCCGUCGCGGAUGGUGGAGAUGUGGAGGCGCGGUACGCCGGUGUGGGGGAUCGUCCACGCGUGGAUGCUGGCCGUGGCGGCCAAGGAGCUGGGCGUACCUCCGGGUGCGGAGUUCGCGGCUGCUGCCGCCGCGGCGUCGGAGGUGGGCGGAUGCGAGGUCGUCCUCGGGGACCGGGACGUGGGGACGACGUUGCGUCGCACGUGGCACGCGCUGAGCGUGUGGGAGCGCGUGCGGUUCGUGUGGGCGAUGAUCGCGGGGGGUUUUAACGUGCCAAACGGCGACGAGUUGCGGAGAAUGAUCGAGGAGCUGAAGGACGCGGACGCGCUCACCGAAGCGUUCAAGCAGCUGGGCGAGGACUUUCCGAGCCUCCUCGCGCCUUUGAUCCACGAGAGGGACGCGUACAUGGUGGCGGGGCUCAGGCAGAUCGCCCACCGCGACCCACACGGAGGAAAUCAUCGGCCGUGCAGGAAGAUCGUCGCCGUCGUGGGCGCCGGGCACUGCUCUGGGAUGGAGGAUUUCUUGUCCGUCCCGUGGGCCCCGGGUGACGUCGCGUCGAUUCUCGCGGAGAUGAACGAGGUGCCGGACCCGCGGGACUGGGAGCGAAGCAGGAGGGUGAUCGCGUGGUCCGUCGGGCUGACGCUCGCGGGGUCCGUACUCGGGACGGUGUACGCGGCGUCGAUGGUGGCGAGCAGGUUGAGGCGGAGGUGA